AUGGAUAGCGGAGACAGAAUCCUGGUAGCUGCAGGAUUAACAGCUGCAGUUGUUGUCGGAGCGUUUGUUUUAUGGGGUCCUGGUGGUGCACCUCGAGUUAGAAAGCGCCGUGGACAAAUUGCAGGUCUCCAGAAUCUUGGGCGGACAUGUUUUCUGAACACUCUUCUUCAAGCAUUUGCCGCUUGUCCUAUUUUCAUAGAAUGGUUGAAGAAAUAUGCGAAAGCAGAUGCACAUAACAGUAUGAUAACAACAUUGUAUACAGUUAUUGAAGUGGUAAAUGGCACACACGAGUCAGCACGUGGUACACCAGUGUGUCCACUUGGUGUAUUGCAGUCAUUAAGAGCAGCUGGUUGGGUAAUUCCUGCAGACCAGCAAGAUGCACAUGAAUUAUUGCAUGUCCUUUUGUCAUGUAUUGAGGAGGAAACUACUGCCAUGGCUAGGAAGCCUGGCUGUCUUUCGGAUGCUCUGGGAUUGGGCGCUGGUGGUCGCGCGUGGUCGGCCCUGGCCUCGCCAGCCUCGCCGCCCGCCGCGCCGCUGUCGCUCCGCCCGGCAUCAGCUGCACCACCAGAUGAACCUGACCUUGUAGAGCCAGAGCCGGUGCGGCUGUCGCGCGGUGUGUCGCGCUCGCUGUGUCAGCUGGGCGCGGCGAGCCGGCGCUGGGCGGUGCCGCCCGCCCGCCCUGCGCCCGCGCCGCCCACCCGUGGUACGCUCGCCAGCCGCCUGCACUGUACCGUCUGCUCCGCCAAGAGCCCUGUCCGGUAUGAUAAGUUUGACAGCAUAUCACUGUCCAUGGCGAACUCCAGCAUAGGACGCACUGGCUCCUUCAGUUUAUCUGGUCUAUUACGCGCUUUCACGGCACCCGAGCUGGUGAAGGGCGUGCGCUGCACGAAGUGCGCCCAGCAGGAGGACGGCGUCGCCCACACCAAGCAUAUACGGACCGUCAGUUUUGGAAAGCUGCCGUGCUGCCUGGUGCUGCACAUCGCGCGCGUGGAGUGGGCGGGCGGCGAGCUGAACAAGCGUGGGGAGUUCGUCGCCUUCCCAGAGACGCUGAGCAUGGCGCCCUAUACUGCUGUGCAGCAACCGCAGCCGGAGCUGGCGAGCCUUAUAGCAGAGGGCCGUGUCCGCAGCGGGCUGGCGUCGCUGGACGCCGUGGCCACUGCCGGGGAGGCGCGCGCCGCGUACCGGCUGGCGGCGGCCGUGGUGCACGUGGGCGGCCCGCGCUCCGGACACUUCGCCACCUACAGACGUGGCAACGGCUUCGAGACCAAUAGAUGGUGGUACACCUCAGACACAUUAGUUCAUGAGGUGUCUCUCCAGGAAGUCCUCCGCUGCACUGCGUACAUGCUGUUCUAUGAGCGAACAAAAUCUGAACCAUUGACGCACCACUUUUAA